CGUUCUAUGGCUCCAGUGAAUAACCAAUUAAAUAAUGAGCCUAACUGAAGAUGUGGCUUUGGUUAAUAAAAAUAAUAAAACAAUUUGUUCCGAACGCGUCGGUCCGUGGGAUUGAUUUAUUUAUUUGCUUGAAAAAAGAAAAAGAAAAAAGUUUGAGAAGCCUGUGCGGACCUUUUGAAACGUCUUUUUGUUUCCGGCCGGACCGAACACAGUGUUGUACAUUAGGAGGGUUGGACGAAAUGGCGUCCUUGUGCUGUGUGCUGUUAGCAGGGAGGUAUUUAGCUGAACCGCUAAGCUAAAUACUAUUAGAAUUGACACGUAGCCUGUGAGUGUGGCAGCGGGUUAGGGUUUGAGCGCCGUGCAUUGCGCUGGAGAAAAUCACAGAAGGAUGUGUCGACAGUGUGUGAAAUAGCGUUUUAUCUUCUCAAAGCGGUACAGAGAAAACAGGUACACGGGGUAGUGAUGGCAGCUGGCCAGAAGAAAACCAGCGCCGAGACGUACUUGCUGUCCGGCUCCAACGGCCUGAACGGAUCAAAAGCACAAGGAGUGACUCUAACGGAGCAAACCUGCAAUGGCAAGAAUUCCCGGCUGGCCAAGAUGGCCUCGAACGUGCAGAAGAAGUGCGCGGCGUACGUACUGGCCCUGCGGCCGUGGAGCUUCAGCGCCUCUCUGACGCCUGUGGCUUUAGGAAGCGCACUGGCCUACAAACUGGAGGGCUCUGUGGACCUUGUCAUACUGCUGGUGUGCGCCGUGGCCGUUCUGGUGGUGCACGGUGCCGGGAAUCUCGUGAACACUUACUACGAUUUCUCCAAGGGAAUCGAUCACAAGAAGAGCGAUGACCGGACUCUGGUGGAUCGGAUCCUGGAACCGCAAGACGUGGUGAUGUUCGGCGCCGUGCUUUACUCGGUGGGAUGUCUCUGUGCCACGUUGUUGUAUUUCCUCUCUACGCUGCGGCUCGAGCAUCUGGCGCUCAUCUAUUUCGGAGGGCUGUCGAGCUCCUUUUUGUACACUGGAGGAAUCGGUCUGAAGUACGUGGCACUGGGGGACGUGGUGAUCCUGAUCACGUUCGGCCCGCUGGCUGUGUUGUUUGCACAUGCAGUGCAGGUGGGUCACCUGUCUGUGCUGCCGCUGGUGUAUGCCGUGCCGCUGGCCUUGCACGCCGAGGCCAUUCUUCACAGCAACAACACGCGCGACAUGCAGUCGGAUCGCAGCGUCGGCAUCGUCACACUCGCCAUCCUGGCCGGCCCGACGCUCUCGUACAUCCUCUACAACGUGCUGCUAUUCGCUCCCUAUGCGGUGUUCUGUGUGCUGGCCACGCGCUACACCAUCAGCAUGGCGCUGCCGCUGCUCACACUGCCCAUGGCCUUCCCACUGGAGCGCCAGUUCCGCAGUCAGCACUACACCAAGAUCCCACAGAAAACAGCCAAGCUCAACCUUCUUGUGGGACUCUUCUACGUCUUCGGGAUCAUUCUCUCACCGGCGGGGAGCCUGCCACUGUUAUAAAAGAGAGCGCCCUUUCUUGUUUUCUCAUUUUAAUGCUGCAAAAGAAAUUGACUUCAUACCUUGUCACCAUUUCUUUUUAAUUUUGGCAGUUUUUUUUCCAGAGUACUUGACUUUGUACCUUGCGUAUAAGAUUAUUAUUAUUUAUAGCAAUUUUUUUUUUCAUCAGUGGAAGUCCAAAAUCCUGCAAAACGCACUCAAGCUUGCCAUCUUCAGGAUCACUUUACACCACCUGGGAGAAAAGUGAAAAGAAAUCCACUGCGUUUUUUUUUUUCUUUCCUGUAUUUUGUUGUACAAAUUGUAAUUGUGCCAUUUUUUUUUUCUUCUAUAGUUUAGUUAUUCCUCAUUUUAAUUUGCUUAUUAACUUAUGCUUCAGGGCUAACAAACGCUUUGCAGAGGUAAUGACGCUAGCUGGAAAAAUCAGUAUUCUUUGAAACAGCGUGUGAGCAAAGUGUUUCUGCUCAGUUACAGAGCUUUGUUAAAUUUUAGUUACACACACCUGGAGAAACAGUUUAUUUUCAGGAGUUUGGGGCGUAUUAGUGAUUAUUACUAAAUUGACAGUUGUCACUCAGUUACACACUGUGUAGGAAUAAACAGGGCCAGAUUGUAUUGUGCGUUUUAACGCGUCAGGACAUUGGCUGGCUUGUCACAUGUUAAAGGCAGUCUGAAACCAAACUGAAGCCUUCUUUCUUUCAAGAAGGGAGAAUAAAAAUGUGAUUUCUGUACAUCUCGUAUAAAUAACUGUCUUUGAUAAAGAUUUGAACAGCAUCGGGUCUUUAAAAAAAAUAAACGAUACUUUACAGUAAGUGACUCGACUAUAUUUUUUCACAAUAAACAGAUCAGAGACGUGUCCAAAACACUCUUGGUCAAAAGAUCGCAAACUCCGCAAUAUUCGCAGAUUACCGCAGAUUUGGGCCAAGACGUGCCAUGUGGUAUCAUCACAGUGCACAUUGAGUCAAAGGCCUCUUCAAUUCAUGUUCACACAUCUCAUUUACCAACAACUUCUUGUUGCACUUGAAAGACUGUGCAAAACAAUUUUGUGCAAUUUUUGUGCAAAUUUUGAAAAAAGCCACAGCACAAUCACAGCAUUUUCGGCAUUUAAAAAAAAAACCCUCUGAAAUCCUAUACGGACUGAUUAUUUAAAAGAUGAGGAUUUUCUCAAAGUUAACAGUCAUAAAAUGUUUAGAUAGUGUUCAUAGACACUGAAUCACAAAGAAACGUUAAAAGAAGAACGUCAUACCUUCCAUACCAGCUGUAUGAACAAAUUGCCAC